GCGUCUCAGGGCGGACACUGUGCUGUCAGCGCACCACUCGCAUGUUUGAUUCCUCAAAGUUACAGUCAGUGGACUAGCUGUAAAAUGUCCACAGUAACGCAACCUGCCAAUGACCAGUAUGUUUUUCGUCGACGUGAGUCUGAAGAGCAGCCGCCAGAGAACCAGAGAAGAUGGCAUAGUCCUCAACAACACGUCCACGGUGCACGGCAGACCGCACUACACCACCAGCGACACCGGGCUGAUGGCAGCCGGCCCCGACCUGGAUCUCCCAGUGAUCCCAGCGCUAGAUGGCCCCACGUAGAUGACCCCACCACCAGACAGCCUCAGCUGGACGACUGUGAGCGGAUGGGGACUCUGUUUGGGAUGCUCAACAAGUGUCUGCGUGGGAUGGGCUUCAGCCAGAUGUACUUUGGGGACAAGAUUGUGGAACCAGUUGUGAUUGUGUUCUUCUGGCUGCUGCUCUGGUUCCUGGGCAUCCAGGCGCUGGGACUGGUGGGAACUCUGUGCAUCAUCAUCAUCUACAUCCAGAAGUAAUUGGAGCGGAUGAUCAGAGUGGAGCCUGCUGUUUUUCUGUGUUUAUUGCUUACAUAUGCGGGACUCAUUUCAUGCUAAUGAAUGUUUGGAUUGGAAUCUGCAGUGGAUCUGUGCUUGUAGGGGGGCGGCUGUGGAGAGGGCUGCACUGCUCUGUAGUGAUGGGGGCUCAGCAGGUUUCUAGAAAUGGUUUGUUCACUCAGAGUAGAUCCAAAGCUGGGUCCAUUCUUCAAGAUGAUCUGGUCAGGAGCUUCUCCUCCCUCAGUAAUAGGAGAGGUGUUGUCCUGCUGCCUCUGCUGUUACUGUGAUGUAAUGGUAUUGAUCUGCUGAUUUAGAGAAACAGGAAGAUAUUGCAGGAAAUGGUUUGUCUCUGUUUGUAUCAGAGGCUACAGAGUGAAGGCCUGGAGUCCCAGCACUCAGGAAACAGAACUGCACACAUGUCUGUGUAGCGUGUUUCACUUAAAGACAUCUUUGCUAACAUACAGUAUGUGAAUGUGGUGUGCAAGCGCAGCACUUAUAUGCCUCCAAUAAUCACUUAUAACAAAACAGUGUCUGAAUGUAACGCUGACAUGCAGUACACAUUAUGUUCUUCUGAAACCUUUUAGCUGUGAAAUGUUUACUUACGUUGAGAUCGAUACUAGGGAUGCACGAUAUAUUGAUGGCUGAUAAAUGACAAAAAGUUAUUAUUGUUCCAAUAAAGGAACUCAGUCAGUAAUUACAUCAGGUAAUGCACAGACUUUUUGUAGCAGCUGUGGAGAGGGAUUCCAUCUGUGAAACUUAAGCCCCGUUUCCACCCAACACUUUCGGUAUGGUACCUUUGGAACCAAAAGUAACCCUUCAGACAUGGUACCUAGACCCUAGGUACAUUUUCAUCACAGACAGUACUCUGAAAUGUGGGCGCGGCUGUUGUCACUCACUGCUUUGUCCAGCACUCGCUGUAUUUCCUCGUCCCCGGUGACACAGAGGGAAGUCUACAUCGCAUUUAUCGGCCACAGAACGAGGCUGCAUGCCGAUAUUUUCAGAACAAAAUAGAACAGGCUGCAGUGAGAGUCUCUCUUGAUGCAUUUAGUCCUUCUCAGGCAAGCGCAGCGGGCCAUAGCCCACAGGAAUGACAUUCCACAAUGCGUUUUUUUUCCUCCAAGUGAGUAUUAGAAUAUAUGCAGUUCGCACAGUCUGGUCAAAAUUAAUAUAUAUAUUAUUAGCACUUCAGAGAUCUACUCAUUACUAAAAGUGUGUGUCAUCUCAUAGAGAGAAUCAAAAGUAAUGGAAUGGUCAAAGUUUAACAUUGAAAUUUAAGGUGUGCUGAUGGAUCCAGGUUGUCAGCUCAUGCAUUGAGUAACCUUAAAUGUCGCCGGCAGUUGGCUUUGUGAAUACAUUGACCAAUCAACAGACUGCAGUGUUUUAGCUUCACCUUUUAGUACCAGAUCUGUGUGCUAGGUACCCCAACAGAGGGAUGACCAAAAAUGAGGACAGUAAGGAACAGUUCCAUUGGUACCAUCCACAACUCUUGACAGUGAAACAGAAAAAAGUGAACCAAACUGAACUGAACCACACUGUACCAAACUGCAUGGUGGAAACAGGGCUUUUGUUCUGAGGGGAUCGGUCCAAAAUAAGUGAGCGAUCCUGCGUCUCUAGCUUUUCCUCCUCUGCUCUCUGUUUUGAUGCCUGUGCUCGCUCCAUUCACCUCCUCCCACUACUAGAAAAACACAUUAUUAUCACUUAACGAUAUCAGUCCUGAAAUUACACAUAGGCACAUCUCGAGCAGGUAGAGGUGGAAGCCUUCUUACAGUCAUGGGAAGAGAGACUGACAAGUUGGGAUAGAAUUUACGCUUUGGUUUUGGAAACUAAUUGUGUUCAACAGAUACAGUAAUGUUCUUGUGUAGAGAAAACUACUUUUAUACUGGAUGCAAAAAAAACACAAACGUGCACAGUCUUCCACUUUGUUUUCUCUGCUGUUGCAGAGCUGCAGUGUUACUCCCCUCCGUUACACUGACACACUGAAUCUUAACAUUGACUACAUUUACCUGCAUUAAUAUUCAGGUAUUCUGAAAAGGACAUAUUGCUGCUAAACUGUUUACAUGGCCAAUGAAAAAUGAAUAUUCCACUAAAACCCCCAUUUACAUGCAGCCAGGCAUACUCUGAUGAACAUGCCCUAACUGGUCCUUCAUGUCAAAAUACUGAAAAAUGGAGAAGCUGAAGCUGUUUGUGACAUUUUGCUUUUUCUGCAUCAAAAUAGGAUUUUUCUAAUUUUCCCACUGGUGGUGGACUUGUGUGAACACAGCCUUCCUCUUUCAUUCCUUUAACCACAUUUUUUUUAAGAGGCCUAUGUUGCAAUAUUUGCUUUAAACCAUUUAAUUUCCAACUCUUUCAUAAUGUUUGAAAGUAGGUGUGUUUCUCCUUUCCACAAGAAAUAUGGGCUUUUCUUUUGGACAUGUAUCUCUAUCUGCCAGGUUCAAACACUGCCGGCAGGUUGGUUUGUGCACAACACAAAGAGCUGGCUGUAAACAGGCGAGAGACUGUGUGUAGCAAACUGCUGUAAAAACCCCAAUCAAGAGGCAUAUUGCAAAUGUGCUGUAUACAUGUCCAAAGAAUGCUCCUUAUUAAUACCCACAUAUCCCACAUGUCUUAUUUGGAAAAUACUUUAUCAUAAUCAUGGAAUAUUAGUGUGCAUGUAAACAGAGUGAAUGUUCAAGAAAACUACACUGGAGUAUUAACUGACAAACUGGCAUUCACAGAGUUAAUUUAUACGUAGAGCUUCUGGUAAAAUAUCAAUAUCAUAUCAGACUAGUAAUUGUUCUGGGAUUUUGGUCAUUUUGUGAACUACCUUUCAUUUGCAGUCUGCAUAUCAUCAAAUGUACACAGUUGUCUUCACCUGUCAGACCGUUUCAGUUGAGUGCAAUUAUCACAGAAUGCCUCUUUUUAAUCACCAUAUCCGAUUGUAAUCCUACCCAGAAUCCUCUGAGGUUUAUGUAUCAUCUGACAGCAAGUCUAAAUCUAAAUGUUGACAAUGCAAAAUGAAUUAGAUAUUGCCAAUCUCUGUCUCUAGGAAUCACUUGCAUAUGCAGCAUUUUGGUGAUGGCUAUUUACAUAAACUGGCAACAAUUCCAUUCUACACUCACUACCCCAUAAUGACAGAGCCAGUGUAGGAUGUUAAAAAUAUCUGCCAGCAUAUUAAAAAAACUGGAAUAUCACAUUAGUAUUCAAACUCUUAGUACUUAGUUGAAGCACAUUUGGCAGCAGUUACAGCCUCCAGUCUUCUUGAGAAUGACACAACAAGCCUUGCUCACCUGUAUUUGGGGAUUUUUUUCCAUUCAUCUCUGCAGAGCCUCUCGUGCUCUGUCAGGUUGCAUGGAUUCUGUCGGUGGAUUGUUUUCAGGUCUUUCCAGAGAUGUUUUAUUGGGUUCUGCUCAGGGCCCUUUGUGGGCCACCUGAGGACAUUUACAGAGUUGCCCCUGUAAGCCCCUCAUGUAUUGUCUUGGCUGUGGGCUCAGGGUCAUUGUCCUGUUGGAAGGUGAACCUUCAGCCCAGUCUGAGGUCCUGAGGCCUCAGCUUGAACCACGUCGUCAUUUAUGACCUCUCUGUAUUUUUGCUCCAUGUAGAUCCUGUGACACCUUAUAAAGACAGAUGUGUCUUUCCAAAUCAUAUCCAUUCAAAACAGUUUACCACAGGUGGAUUCCAGUCAAGGUGCAGGCGCAUCUCAAAGAUGAUCAAGAGAAAUGAGAGGCUAGAUAUCACGUGUCAUAGCAAAGGGUCUGAAUACUUACGUUAGUCUGACGUUUCAGUUUUUUCUUUUUAUUAAAUUUGCGCAGAAAUUCUAAAAUCCUGUUGUAGACAACUGCAACAAAACAACAUCUGAAUGCCCUGUAUGUUCACCAUUAAUCUUCAAAAAUAUAUUUGCACCAUUUUGUUCCCCUAGAACAGUUUGAUGUUAUACAAAGAAGUUGCAUUUAAAUGUAGUCAUUGUCAGGAGAAAUGGCUGACAAGGCAGGUUGAAGGAAGGUGAAUCAAAUUGCAGUAACUCCCCUCACAACUGAAUAUAUAAUAACAGUAUGGGAGUAUUUAAGGAGGAUAAUUUUUCUGGUAGUCUCAGGUAGUUUUUACAGCUGAACAUACUUUACUCUUCUGUUUAUUUUAUGAUUUGAAUGUGCAGAUGUCCAGGUUAACUGACCGCACACUGUUGAGAAGAACUGAACUGUAGUCAUCACACUGAUUUCAAAGUUUACUACUGAGUGUCAAAGUUUUCCAGAGCAAACAUCAUCACAGAUUGGAUGUUCACUGCUGACUUACUGACAUGCUGCAUUUGUCCUUGUUUAAAAAAAACUGUAAUGAAUUAUUUUAAACUUAAAUUAUUGUUUCUAAGGUGUUUGCACUGAGAGUUUUAUGCAUACCUAUGAAAGAAUUAAUGAAUCAAAAUGUGUUGCAAUGUCUAUGAUUAAAAGCGAGUGUUC